AUGGUCCACACUGUCAUUUAUUCCUUGGACGAAUCACAAACAGAUUCCGGUCUCGUCCUCUUUGAAUUCCAAGGCAGCUUUACAACCAAAGAAGACAAUGUCCAGCAACUCAAGAUUGGCAACGUCGACAUAAAUAACGAUAAGGCGACCCUUUCUUUGGGACAUCAUCGAUUAGAAGGCAAAAAGGUCAAGCUUCCUAAGCCAUUGGCAGUGAUUCGUAAACGAGGUGAUCAAAGUGGAUUAAAGGACAAUGAAGUGAUGGAUGUGGAUAAUGACGAUGAUACGACCACCGAGCCCACCUGCACAUACGACACCGUUGCCAUCCUACGAGAGAAAUUCGUAUUCACACAACGUCCAUUGCUUCAAGUACAACCUGGAUUGCGAGGCUUGACAAGGAUAGGAGGAUGA